GUUGCCUCUUGUCCGGACAGUUCAGUGCUCGACCUUGAAUCAAGAGUGCCCAAGGGCGUGAGACAGAAAUCGUCAGCAUUAUCAAGCGAAACCGUGCAGAGGACAACCAUCAAAGUGAAAUCUCAAUUACCAACUGGGCCAGCAGUUCUUUGUCAAUAAAGUGUGACUUGUUGGAGGCCUUCCAGCUUCGUGGGCGGAAAGUAUGCAGGUACUUUAUGUGAUCCAGCUAGCCUUGCCAUUGUUCACCACCACAAAUCCACGGUAAAACAUGCCAGAGCCUCGUCGAUCCGGCCGUCAACGCAAGGUCAACCCGCGGUACGCCAAUGGGGGCUGGGACAAGGAGACUCUGCGCGUUCUCCGCGCCGAGUCCGAGUCGUCUGGCUCAUCCCCUGCUGCGGAGUCGGCCUCAGCAGACUCAGACGACGGGGUGGCAGCCAACCACGGCUCUGCCCAGGAAGACGACGGGGCGUCUCUUGCCUCGGCGGCCUCGGUCCAAUCGUCCGAUGUCGAGACGCCGGACCAGGAGGAAGAAGACGAUGGGGAGAUGAGCGUGGCCUCCGACGACGGUGUCCCAAGCCGGAAACGACGGGGUCAGAUAUCACGGGCGGCUCAGGCCACGCCCGCGGGCGAAGCGACCCGGUCGCGGGGCGUGCAGCCUCCCUCCCAGCUCGGAAAGCGGGAAGCUUAUGCGAACAUCUUUGGGCCCGAGGUUGACGACCUGUGCGAUGUCCUUGUAGCCCGGGACACAUGGUUAAAGGGACAGGAUGUCACGGUUCCCAGCAGGCAGACGCUGUCCGUUGCCAUUCAGCAGUCACGCGACCUCGACCAAAGCAGCACUGGGAGAGAUGACGAGUCGCCGCCUUCACCAGAAAAGGAGAACUCGGCCACGAUGGAUUCGUUGUUUGAGACGGUGCAGAGUCAUCAAGUUCUUGAGGCAAUCGACCUGAAGGCUGUCUACGAGAAGUACUUGUUACGCGACAUGCCAGGGCAAUCGGUUGUUCUCGGUCCCUGGGGGAAACAAACGAAAUUGGGGCUUGACUAUCUCUCUUCCUUGGAUUUGGGCCAAGCGUGGCUUGAUCACGAACAGCCCAGUGAUGCUGAAACGUCGUCGCACGCUAGAAAGCUGCCUGCACAGAGGCGGUAUCAUCAAGCCUGGCUGUUCAAUGUGGGAGAGAAAGUCCAGUGCUUUGCGUGGGCGGUCGGAGCCCAUCCAGUGCAGUAUCUUGCCGUGGCUGUCAAAUGCACCUCUGCCCAGAGACGAAUGGCCUCCUUUGGAAAAGAAUGCGAACGUCCGGCUUUCCAUCCCUCCCCAGCCUAUCCGACCAGCAUCCAGAUCUGGGCUUUUCACACAAAAUCCACCAGUAUUGAAGGAAUGCAGACGCUAGCAAUGGACGCGGAGCCCAGCUUGGCGGUCGUGAUUGGGACUGAAUGGGGCAAUAUCCGCCAGCUCCGGUGGUGUCAGCUCGAUCCUUAUAUAGAGACCAACCACGAGGACACCGUCAACCCAACCAUCGGUCUCCUUGCGGCUGUCUCCAGCGACGGCCACGCUCGCGUCAUUGCCGUGCCGCGUCCUGACCGUCGCGACGCCCGGGCCCCAAUCGCUCUCCGAGCCGAGAAGGCUGGCUUCGAUAUUCCGCCUCCAACGGACACGGUCUUCACGACGCUGGCGUUCGCCGACCCCACGAACCUCAUGCUUGGUACGGCGGACGGGUUUCUCCACUGCUUCAAUUUGACCGAGCCGAUGAGUCCAGAGAACCGCCCACGAUGCUACGUGAAGCAACAACUCCACCACACGUACGUCGUGUCGGUGUGCCCGGCCGUGCCGGGACCACAAUCGCCGUUCGUUGCUAGCACGUCGGCCUCUGGCGACCUGGCGUUGACGGACCUGCGCAGCCCCGAACAGGACCGUGUGCACGUCCCUCGCCCCAGCUUCCCGACGCGCGACCUGCUCUACGCGCCGUUCACGCGCUCCUUCAUCGCGGUCCUCGACCGCAGCGGCAACACCCAGGCCGAGAGGAACACGGCCACCUUCCUGGUCUGCCACCACAUCCGGCAGUUCCCGAACCUGCUCAAGGUCGCCAAACUGCCGCACGACACGGGGGCAACGACGGCCUUGACAGGCUCGCAGUGGCACCCGUGCAUCCUCGUCGGCAACGCCAAGGGCCAGGUCCACGCGACCAACUACCUCCGCAAGGUCCUCCCGUACCGCAAGUCGGACCCCAAGAAGGCCGUCGGCGCGUACCUGCAGAAGAUCUGCGAGUACGCCUGGCGCCCGCUCACGGUCGAGGAGCAGCGGCAGAGACGCAGCGCCGACUCGUCGUCCCCGGCUGCCGAACCGACCGAGGAGGAGGACACACCCGACAUCUACCACGGCCGCGACGCCCGCGCCGGCAUGUCGCGUUUCCACGAGGGCUUCAAGCCGGAGAAGAUCGAGGUCGGCUAUCCCUCGACCGGGGCCGGCGGCGCGAAGAAGGCACGGCCCAAGAAGGGCAGAAAGCCCGACGACGCCGAGGACGGCGGCACGGGCGCGGGCGAGGCCGUCUUCGAAGAAGAGCAGGCCGUCACUGCGCUCGAGUGGAACCCCAACGCGGCCUGCGCCGGCGUCGUAGCCAUGGGAUGGGGCAGCGGCAUGGUACGCGUGCAGGACCUGGCGUACGAUAUCCCCCCGCCGUGAGGGAGGCCUCUCAUUGGAUCCUCCGAUGAACAGAGUCAUAGUCAUCGACAAAGCCCGCCCCUUCAAGUGGAUCGGGAUCUCAUACAGGGGGAGAGGGGCCUUGACAGUUGCCAUCGCGCACGAAUGAAAAGUUCUUUGACAGCCUCGCGGGACGGAUGAUUAUCUCCCGCAAUCGACUGGCCGGCACGCUUCGACAUGGAACAGAAGAGCUUAAGGAGCGAACCACUUGGCUAUGUUUGAGCCGGGUCCAGGAACAGCAAGGGCUUCUGACUGAAUCUUUGCAGCCUGAUGAGAGAGGGAGUCGAUUGACAUUGUAGGGUGCAGACAGC